UCACGGUCACGCUGAACCAAAUAUACAAAACAACAAAUCGGCAAAGUUGUAUCAGGAGGCUGUUCUGUUCUAUUAAAUGCAAUAUAACAGGCUCCGGCCUUUGGAACGCGUUCAUCAGAAGAAGACACAAACGGUGGAGCAGCUGCAGCGGAAGGAGAUCGGACAGCACAGAAGAAGACGAGCAGCAUGAACAAGGUCGGCAAGCACAUCCAAAGCGGCAUCUCGUCACUCGGCGGUGGCAGUCCUGUGGCCCUCUCGACAGCAACUCUGCUCGGCUCCCCGAUAGAUGGUGAAACUGGUGUGGCUGGACCGGGGGCUGGCAAUGCAACGAAUGUGUUCAACUCGAUCAUGAGCUUCCUGCCAGACAAUCGGCCCAUCACCUCGCUGCACAUUGUCGAGGACUUUGAGCGCUGCCCAAAGAACUUCAGUGCUAUUAAUCGCACCUAUGACCAGGAUGCUGACGCAGAUCUAUGGCGUGACUAUAGCAUAUUCGCGCGCCAAAAUACUCGCUAUCUGUGCCUCUCGAAGUCCGAGGGACUGCCCGACUAUGUGGUGGAGACGCUCCAAGUCAUUGCGGAUAAGACGACUCCGCCCAAGGAGUUCUCGCUGCUCUCGCGCACAGCCGACAGCGACCAGAAGGCCUGGCGGAAGCGACAGAUCGCCUACAAGCUGUCGAAGCGCGGCACUGUGACCCAAGCGGUGACCGACAUCAUUCUCUGCUCCAAGCUGAAGGUGGCACCCGAUGGCUUCAAGCUGGCCGGCGACAUCAACGGUGUGCUCAUCUGCUACAAGACGGGCACCAUUCCCGUCCGCCUGCCGCCGCCAGUUCCACCAGUAGCUGGCAGCAGCGGCGCCUUUGAGGUGGAGCAGGCCUUGAAUCGCCUCAACUUGCAGGGACAACGACACUCGCGUGGACCCCUACCGCAGCCACCAACCGAGCACCAUGACUAUGAGGAGAUUCAGGCAAAUUAUCAAAUCAGUUCGCCACAGCGCCCGGCCCCACCACGUCCAGCGGGCCCCAGUGCCGUUGGGGGAGGACGUGCAACCUAUGGCGGAACAGGUACACUAGGGACCUAUACAGAACUGGAGGGGGUUCCCUUUGUGAUGGACGUUAGGCUGCAGCGGAGUCAGCCAGGAACUGAUCUACCCAUACUGCCAGAGCUCACAACGCUGCUUAGAUCCUUGGACUAUGACUUUCAAUUGGAGCGUCAGGUCCUGUGCACCAUGAAGUCGUCAGCCUCGAAAAAUCCAUUCUUCAAGUAGAAAUCGAUAACAAACAAAUUCAAUCACAAAUGUCAACGUUUAGUCCGUAAGCUCCUCGUAGCCUGAAGCAGCAGCCGCAGCCGCCAUAGACGAUAGACGAUAGACGGACGCCCUAGAAAUUAUUUAAUUGCGAUUCAGUUUGGAUCGAUCGGAUAGGAUAGGAUCGUUGUGUGUGCGUGCGUGUAAUAAGUAUUCCUGUGCCUUCGAUGUCCCUCUUGCAUCCCCCUCAGUUAUAGUUGGAUGUGGAAACCAGUGGAAGCCAGCCAAGUGCAGCCACACAAACUUAAUAUACACCUAUAUUUACAUCAUUCAUCAUACAUCAUAAAUGAUGCAUGGAUGCAUCAUACUUAAUCCCCAGAAUUGUGAUCAGAGAAGAGCAAGCGAAUGAUGAGGUUCUUUUUGUUUUUUUUUUUUUUUUUUUCGUUAUGUGUGUACACAUGCACAUACAUAUAUAUGUAUGCAUAUAUUUACAUGAGAACAACCCAACCCAACUUCCCUCCAUGUACAACCAAAUCAAUUGCGUGCGUAUUUACGAGUUGAUGAAAUAUGCCCCCGUGCGUGUCGGACAAAUGAAUGUUAAAGUUUGAAACAAGUCUAGCAAACGCUAUCCAAUUGAUAAUUGAUAAUUCGAAUUCUAUUAUGUAUAACGAGUAUAUACCUAGUACAUACAUGCGCGCAUACACACACACACACACACACACAUAUAUCAAAUAUAUAUAGUACAUACACACAUGCAUACAUUUAUAUGUAGACCAGUUGGUCUUGGCAUAGAUUACAUUAAAUGGUAGCCUCUA